AAGAUCAGUCAGUCAGUCACCAAAAUAUACCCACUCGACUCGACUUGAUAAUCAACUAUUUGACUAAAUAUAAAUUGGAAUAUUCAAUAUAAGUUGUAGUUUUUAAACAAUCACUACUAUAUUUGUAUUGGAAGAAACAACUUCAGAGUUUAUUUAUUCGCUACUGGCACAAUUGCCCACAAAAUGAAAGUUGUGGUUAAGAAGUUGCAAGGGGGAGAAUGCAGUCUAGAUGUACAACCUACGACAGUAAUACUUGAAAUGAAAAAGGAGAUAGCUAUUAAAUUGGGCAUACCUAUCCAAGAACAAAAACUGUUACUUUUAGGAAGAACAUUAGCUGACGAACAGUCAGUACAAUCAUAUCCAUCGAUAAAAGAUGGCACAAAACUUAACUUGGUUGUGAAGAAACCAGAUGGACUAUUGGAAGUUUCUCAAAAACAUUUUAAGAAAGCUGGUAUGUCUGAUGCUGAGGCCACAAGUGCAGCUCAAAGGCUAAUAAAAGUAGUUGAAGAAAAGUUCAAUAAACUAUCAUGGGAUGACAUCGACAGACUUGCUCAAGACUGCAUUGUGACUGAAGGUGGCGCCAUGGAUAGUGAAAUAGUUCAAGAAGUUUAUAGACUAAUAUGAACCUGAAGCCGAGUGUAACAUACAAGUGAAACACAGACUUUCUGCAACAAUAAUCUUGUUAACUCUUUAGUCCAAUCAUUAUAAUGUAUCACCUUUAAUAACGAUUUAUGAAUUAAUUCAGCAAUUUUUUGACAUACAUAAAUAGUACUACUUAUAUUUAACAUAAACUCGUUGAAGCAAGCAAGCAGCCUGAGCUGCAACAAUAUGUCCAUUCAGAUGUGUGAUAAUUGCUGCAUACAUAUCUCCUCACUCCUUACCAAAUUCACAAUCAAUGGUGGAUCAUAUCUAAGACUCUUAGACCAUUUUAAAUAUGACUAUUGUGGAUUCAUUCCACUUCAUAAAUCUUAUUCCUUUUUGUGAAUGAACUUCCCUUUAUCAGAUACUUCAGCUGUAUAAAUAAAAAUGAAUUGGCUUAUGUUUUGGUCAUUCUGUAUAGGAAUAAUCACUAGGUGUUGUAUAUUUUCAUUAAUUUAGUGAUGGGUAUAAAUAAAAGUUGGUAAGAUUA